GGCAGUGUCUGUUGCAGUUACCGGCGGGACGGUGUUCUGCGGAGUCACUGGCCACCCUGAGAGGCAUGAAUACACAGUCAUUGGCCAGAAGGUGAAUUUGGCAGCCCGGAUGAUGGUGCACUACCCUGGGCUGGUGUCCUGUGAUGCAGCGACCUACGCCGCCUCUCAGCUGCCCCCUUACUACUUCAAGCAGCUGCCGGAGAGAAAGAUGAAAGGCCUUAGCCAUCCUGGCACUAUCUAUCAAUAUGUGGGGAUCACCAAGAGGAGCACAUUUGGCAUGGGUCUUACCAAGAAGAGGUCGGAGUACGUCCCCUUGCUGGGUCGGGAGAAGGAGAUUGACCUCUUUGUCAGGUGCUUGAAAGCCUAUGAGGAUUUUGGUCAAAGGCACAUCCUGGCAUUUGAGGGCACGAUGGGCUCCGGAAAGAGCCACUUACUUACCGAACUGGCCUAUUUAGGCCAGGAGGCUGGCCACAGGGUAGUUGCCAUGGAACUGCUAGAGCUCAACGUGAGGCAGUCCUUCUCUGCCAUCCGUACGCUGACGGCCAGGGCCCUGGGCCUCCAGGACUGUGAACCGUGCAGUGCCAGGCAGCGCAUGCUGCAGACAAAGCUCCGAGGGACAAUUGAGGAGAGCAGCUAUUGCCUGCUCAAUGACAUUUUCCUUGUCGAGUUUCCUGUUUCGGACAAGGUUCGCGAGAUGCGUGAAACUCAAAGAAAAACGGAAUUGCACUCGACUUGGGCGAAAGUGCUAGAGAAGGUCAUUGGAGGAGAAUUUGGCAUAUUUGUCAUCGACAAUGCCCAUUUCAUCGACCCUGCCUCCUGGAGUAUCAUGUCACCCGUGCUCCGAAACGUCUCCCUCUUCAUGGUCGUGAGCUUAGCUCCGGGCUACGCGAGAACAGAGAGCUUUUGCAAAGCCGCAGCAGACAACACAACGUCUCCAAAAAUCACCUAUCUUCAUCUGGACGAGCUGAAACCUUCAGCUGUGGUGCAGAAAGUCUGCCAGGAGCUUGGAGUGGUCAGCAUCCCCAGGGAUCUGGCAAGGUUCCUGAUCCAAAGAAGCUCGGGGAACCCGUAUUACUGCGAGGAGCUGCUGUUUUGCCUUUGUUACAAUACCAUGCUCUGGUUCCGCACCCGGAGGCGGGGUGAAAAAGCAGAGGACAACUGGGAGAGCCUGAUCAUCGAGGCUUCAGCCCUCGCAGCAACAUCGAGCUCCAGCGUGGGGAACGAUGGCAUCGUCUGCACCAUCAGACCAGAUGUGAACCUGGAGAACAUGGUGCUGCCCGCCACCUUGAAAGAGAUUGUGCUGGCUCAGCUGGACCGGAUAAAGCCGCUGAAGCAGAUGGUUUUGAAGUUUGCCGCUGUCAUCGGGCCGGUGUUUACCACCCAGCUGCUGUCACACAUCCUUCCCGCUGGCGUCAGGCACAAGAUGAAUUGCUUGUUGGACAUGCUGGUGAGCGACAACAUCCUUAAGUGGCUGAAAAACACAGAGGUGCCAGAAGGUGUGCAAGAUCCUACCAAGGGGCCAGCCACCUCUCCGCAGGCAGAGAGAAGUGUGGAGAGGCCCUCUCCGAGCAAGAAGACCGUGGAGCGGCAGCCUGGUGUCCUGGCCUUCUGUGUCCCGCUGCUGCGGGAGGCUGCCUACGAGCUGUGGCCCGAGAGACAGCGGGUCGCCUUGCACUACAAGUGUGCCGCCUUCCUGGAGUGGCACGCGCACAAAUGCGAGAGCUGCUGCCAAGGGGACUUUGUUGCCUUCCACCGCUUUGCCGUCACCAGCACCCAGGAUGGAGGGAGCUGUCAGGGCCCUGCUGACCUGGGCGACUCACGCAGCUGGGAGGCCUUGGUGCUCGCAGGAGAACAGCUGAAGAGGGAUAGGACCCACGCCACUGAGGGGCGGUUUCUGGCAAAGAGCAAGCAGACAACUGAGCUGCCCAGCAAGACCGACGGGAAGCACAACGGCGCAUGCUCAUGUGAAUGCAAAGCCAUCGUGGAAUCGGUGCUUGUGCCUUUGGCUCGCCACUACAUGGCAAUAGGCGAUGCUGCCAGAGCCUUUUACUACCUUCUGGAGUGUGUGGCUGCCUACCUGCAUGCCUCCAACAGCUACAUGGCCCUCAUGAAGCUGAACGAAGCGGAGGUCCUGAGGAACUCGGUAGAGAAGAAAGCGAAUGGGAUAGCCCGCUUUGAAGAGGCCAUCUUCUUCAGCCUCAAAGGGGAGGUCUGCUGUCAUAUGGGACGCAUGGAGCUGGCAAAGAAAAUGAUCAUGGAGGCUUUGAGCCUGCUCAAAAGGCAAUUCCCCAAGACCUCCGUUGGAGCCUUUGUCAAGUCUCAGGUGGAAAAGUUGCCGUGUGCCGCUUAUGUGUCCAGAAGAGCAUCCUCCCUUCCGCAGGAGGCCCGGAGGAAGAGGCUAGCCUGGCUGCUGCGGCAGAGCUGCUGCCUUUCCUUACUGGAGCACGUCUUCAGCCUGGAGGGCACUUCCAGCGGACGAACGUUCUCCCGCCUGGCAGCGCGCAUGAAGGACAACACGGACAGGGCAGCGGACUCCUAUCAGGCAGCAGACUCCCUCCACAGAUAG